UAUGGCUGUUGGAGUUUGGGCUUAUUCGGAAAAAUUACGGAACCAUCCAAAAAAUGCUAAUCUUAUCAAUCCUCUGUUUGAUGCUGCCAUAAUAUUAGUAAUUGUUGGAGCUUUUGCUUUAAUAAUAUCUUCGGCUGGGUCUGUUUCGAUUCUAAUAAUAUUGCAGAUCACUGCAGCAUUGUUAGUCAUGAUUCUUUCAAAUAAAAUUAAAAAAUUUUCGGAAGAGAAGAUUGGUAUGGAAGCUAUAAAACGUUAUAGGGCCGAUUCCGAUCUGAAGAAUAUGAUUGAUUGGAUUCAAGAAGAAUUCUACUGUUGUGGAACAUACGUUCAUACGGAUUGGUCAAAGAAUAUGUAUUACAAUUGUACGGAAAAUCCAAUAACCAUCGAAGCCUGUUCCGUUCCCUCUUCUUGCUGUCGGGAGGAAUUCCGAAAUAAUAUAUUCUGCGGUCAUGAUAUGCAAAGGAGAACAAUGGUAGAAGCCAGUAAAGAAAUAUACACUAACGGUUGUGUUAAUAGCGUUUAUAAUAAAAUCAAAAAGAACGCUAUUAUUAUCGCAAUAUCGGCAUUAAGCUUAUUACUAUUUCAAAUAUUUGCGGCAUUUGCGGCACUGUACUUAAACCUUCAAGUAAAAGCUGUAAUAAGAUUCUGUAGUCAUUAA